CGAAGUGUACCUGUCUUGUUUUUAUAGGCCUCACCGAGUCGCCGGGGCCCAGGUAAAAGUGGUGGGGUCGUUGGCAGGAGGGGGAGGGGGGCUGCGACGAGAGGCCCGAUGGGAUGAGGGGGGGUGAGGGCAGGCGUGAGAGGCAGUCGAGUGGAGAAGUGGCGGAGGUAAAGGGGAGAAGAGAGGGGCCUGACGGUACGCGGGGACCGGCGAACACCAGUACGAUCAACCAACCAGUCCUCGAAGAACAGUGGAUCUUGCUGGAUCCUUGCUCGAUCGUUCUCCUCGAGCGUCGUGGCUUUACCUUUCGUUUUAUAGCUGUAGUUAGUAUAACGGAUUUCAACCAGCCCCCUCCCCUCCACCCCCCGUACGGCCCCUUUAUCACUGGAUACUUAACUUGUGCUGUGAGAAAACGAGAUGGGAUUAUUCUGGAUAUAAAGUGUGUUCAGUGCUCUGUGCUUUGGAUGAAAAAAAGGGAAAAGUUUGGGGAAAUUUGGAUAAAAUAAAACAAGUGAUGUGGUUGAAGUGACAAUGUCAGUGGCUAAAUGCUGAUUAAUGGGAGUUAUAGAUGGAAUUAAUGGUGAAAAUCGAUAAAACUUGAGAGGAAUCGGUUUUUAAUGGAAUAAUAAGAGCCGUCUGAGUGGGUUUUGAUGUAAAGAUGCAGGGGAAUCCUGCUUUUUUGGCAAUACUACUCGGUACAAUAUUCGGCUCGCUUGGUGCCUCACUGAGUAAAGCACUGAGGUACAAAGCACCGGACGAGUGUAAAUGGGUUGCAACGGGUGAUAGUGAGGACGAUGUAUCACUCGUUUGUCGUUUACGAACUAUCAACAGUGAACUUGAAAAUACAAAUUUCAGUGUUAUACAGCCACAACACACAGUCAGACUACGGUUAGAGUGUAGUGAUGCACUUUUUUAUCAAAGUUCACUGAGCGCUGGUAGUUUUCGACCUCUGAUUGAACUACGUGAACUUGUCAUUGAGUACUGUAAGAUUGGAAAUUUAUCCGAUGAUGCGUUCAAGGGUCUCAAAGAGCUUCGGAAUCUCACUGUCCGCACUCAUAAUACUGAUUGGUCGGCGAUGGCUUUGGAUGUAUCAACUCGAGCUUUUACCGAGGAGUUAUUCAAACUUGAGAGACUUGAUCUUGGUGAAAAUAAUAUGUGGAGUUUGCCGGAGGGUAGUCUGUGCUCACUCCACAAUUUGGAGGUUCUCAACUUGACGAAAAAUCGAUUGCGUGAAGUAUCGAGCUUUCAUUUUGGCUCGAGUGUUGGACGCUGUGGAAGUAAUUUACGUGAAUUGGAUCUGAGUAAUAACAGCAUUGAGACCCUACCAACAGCAGCAUUUUCCGGUUUAGCUAGGUUACAAAGUCUUGAUCUACGAAGCAAUGCCAUUAACUUUAUGGCCGAUCGUGCCUUCGAGAGUUUAUCCUCGUUGGUUGUACUCAAACUCACGGACAAUCGUCUAUCGAGUUUACCACCCGAGUUGUUCAACGAUGCGCGAAACAUCAAAGAAAUUCAUCUGCAAAAUAAUUCGCUGAAUGUUUUAGCACCUGGUUUAUUCAACGAUCUCACUCAACUAUUGGUCCUCGAUCUCAGUAUGAAUGAGUUGACAACUGAGUGGGUUAAUUCAGCGACAUUUACCGGAUUGGUUAGACUCGUUGUACUGGAUUUAUCAAGUAACAGAAUAAACCGACUAGAGCCAGCUGUAUUUCGAGACCUUUACAGCCUUCAAAUUCUACGUCUUCAGGAUAAUCUCAUUGCGACACUCUCGGAAAAUACAUUCUCAGCACUCUACAAUUUACACACACUCAUACUCAGUGAUAAUCAGUUGACGAUUAUCGAUGCAACAACUCUCAGUGGUUUGUAUGUACUGAGUCUUCUCUCGUUGGAUAAUAACAGACUCAAUGGACUUCAUCCGAGCUCGUUACGAAAUGCCUCGUCUCUCCAGGACUUGCAUCUUAACGGUAAUCGACUGACAGCAGUGCCGGAUGCACUAAAAGCCACACCUCUCUUGCGCACCCUCGAUCUCGGUGAAAAUCUCAUUUCCGAGAUACCGACUGGUACCUUCGAUCACGUGUCGCAGUUGUAUGGCCUCAGGUUGACGGAAAAUCACAUUGGUAAUCUCACUAAAGGAAUAUUUGAGAAGAUCAAAGAACUCAAGAUACUCAACCUAUCGCGCAAUAGAAUACAAUAUAUCGAACCCGGUGCAUUUGAUGACAACACCAAUCUACGUGCCAUUCGUUUGGAUGGCAAUCAAUUGACUGAUAUCACUGGAUUAUUCGCCAAUUUACCGAAUUUAGUGUGGUUAAAUGUUAGUGAUAAUAAACUCAAGUGGUUUGACUAUGCUAUGAUACCAACGGGAUUACAGUGGUUGGAUAUACACGCUAAUGAGAUAAGCGAACUGGGCAAUUACUUUGAGAUCGAGACGCAACUUCAGUUAAGUACAUUCGUCGCUAGUGAGAACAAAUUAACUGAGAUAACCGGUAAUGCAAUACCUAUGAGUGUUGAAGUAUUAUUUCUCAAUGACAAUCUCAUAUCAAAAGUGCAGAGUUACGCUUUUUUCAAAAAACCUAAUCUCACGCGAGUCGAUCUCAAGGGCAAUAGAAUACAAAAUCUUGAGACAUAUGCCCUGAGAAUAAGUGCUGUACCAGCGGAUAAACCAUUGCCUGAAUUCUACAUUGGUGAUAAUCAGUAUCUGUGUGAUUGUACCAUGGAAUGGCUACAGCGUGUCAACAGACAAAAUCAAUCACGCAUACAUCCACAAGUUAUGGACCUUGACAGUAUAUUCUGUAAAUUAUUGUACGAUCGUGAGCGCAUGUAUGUACCACUCGUUGAGGCAUCACACUCACAAUUUCUCUGCAAGUAUGAGUCACAUUGUUUUGCACUGUGUCAUUGCUGUGAUUUUGAUGCUUGUGAUUGUGAAAUGACCUGUCCAAAUAAUUGCACCUGUUACCACGAUCAAUCGUGGUCAGCAAAUGUUGUAGAUUGUUCAGCCGGGGGUCACGUCAAUCGUCUACCCGAGCAAAUACCCAUGGAUGCAACAAGGCUGUAUCUUGAUGGCAAUGACCUCAGAAUCAUCUCCAGUCAUGCGUUCAUUGGUCGUAAAAAAUUGAAAGUACUUUUUCUCAAUGCCUCAAACAUUGAAAUUGUCCAGAACAGAUCGUUCAAUGGUCUACGGGAUCUUCAGGAUCUUCAUCUUCAGGACAAUAGGAUUCAUGAACUACGUGGACACGAAUUCGAAGGGCUCGGAAAUCUUUGGACACUUUGUCUACAAGGAAAUGAGAUAUCGUCAAUAGCCAAUAACACAUUUUCACGUUUGAGAUCACUGAAGGUACUGCGAUUGCAGGGUAAUCGUCUUACGACUUUGUCCUAUUGGGCCUUACCAACGUCUGCUGAAGUGAGCCUCUCGAGGAAUCCCUGGUCAUGUGAGUGUGACUAUCUUGAGGUUUAUCGAGAAUGGAUACUCUCAGCGAGAAAUCGUGUUGCCGAUGUAACGGAAAUAAGAUGUGUGUUGAAUGUCACGGAAUUGGAGGCAUACGGUGACGAGGUCUUCAGAGACAAUGAAUUUGGUUUUCCUGUGCUAGAUGGUACAUCAAAUGACAGCUCAAUGUGCACAGGACUUGCUAGUAUUGACAACGGUAUUCAGGGGAAUUUAACUAAGACCAUUAUCGAGAGACAAGCACUUCAAGAUUACUUGCCACUGCUAGUGUCGACAUUGGCUGUAUUUUUGGUUAUUGUUCUACUCGGAAUGCUCAUAUUCAUCUUCAGACAGGAAUUUCGUGUGUGGUUUCACUCGCGAUUUGGAGUGAGAAUAUUCUAUCGCAGUACAGAAUUCGACAGAGAGGAUCGUGAUAAAUUAUUCGAUGCAUUUGUCAGCUACAGCUCCAAAGACGAAGCAUUUGUUGCUGAAGAAUUGGCGCCAGUGUUAGAAAUGGGAAAUCCAUCCUACAAAUUAUGUUUACAUUAUCGUGAUUUUCCUGUCGGUAGUUUCAUAGCUGACACUAUUGUACAAGCUGUUGAAUCAUCGAGAAGAACGAUAAUGGUACUGUCGGAGAAUUUUAUAAAAUCCGAGUGGUGUCGAUUUGAUUUUAAAUCGGCUCAUCAUCAAGUGCUUCGUGAUAGACGACGCAGACUCAUACUCGUUCUCGUUGGAGAUGUACCCCAGCGGGAUCUUGAUCCAGAUAUUAGACUUUAUCUCAAGACAAAUACUUAUUUACAAUGGGGUGAUAAAUUAUUUUGGGAAAAAUUGAGAUUUGCCCUGCCCGAUGUGCCAAACAAUCAGAGAACCAACAAUCAGAGGAGACAACCACCACCUGUCCGACGGCAGCAUAAUAAUCAAACUAGUGGUGCGCGCAGUGUUGCUGUUCACAUAUGAAUUAAUUAUUCAACAUUGACUGGUUAUAUUAUUCCGUACUAGUGAUCGAUUGGCCAUACCCGGGCAGUGUAAUUAUCGAUAAAUUGAUAAUUUAUUAUUCGGGAGUGAGGGAGAUGGAGCCAAUCAGUGAACAGUACGUAAAUCAUAUAUACGAAUAAAAUAAAUGAAUGAAUAUAUAUAUCUGUAUGUGUAAGCUUCCAUUAAGAGUCACUGCACAGUGCAAUACGUGUGUGGAGUGUAAAUAGUCAUGAUGCCGAUUAUUGGAUAACGGAGAAUGGACAAUUUGAAGCGGUUUGAAUAAAUGUGCCCUGCACACUAAAGUCUGUAUAUAGAACGAAUAUAAAAAAUUUAAAUCAUUCGAUGAGAAUGAGUGCUUUGACAUGUUUGACGAGUUGGGGAGAAAAUGAAUGGAUAAGAGUGAUAUUUGUCAGUGUGAGGGGAUAAAUAUAUAUUUAUAUAUAUAUUUGUUUGGAUUCUUGUAAAUUUUGAUCGAUUAGUUCCGUAGAUAGUUUUAAUAAAAUGUAUAUAGAGAACGAGAGAAUUUAAAUAACACGAGUCUCGCGUUGCUGAUUUCCUUUUUAUUUUUGUUCAACGUCUCAUUAUUAAUAAUAUCAGAUUGUGCAUGAGUUACUUAAUGUCAGGGUUUACGAUUGAAUCGUGAACAACGAGUUAAUGUUUCAUCGUACAUAACUGGCCCAUAAAGAUGCCAAGCAGAGGAUAAUGAAAGUUAGAGACAAAAAGUAAAAGGUGUUUGUGACAAUUGUGAGAGGUUAUUCUGUGAGAUAAUAAAACUGUCACAUUAACAUAUUAAAUUGAAAUGACAGAGACGUACUUAUGAGGCGCUAUUUACAAGUGUAUAGCUUCUUAAAGAGGGUUUUGAAUUUAAAACCCGUCGUGAUAUCACUCUCUAAUUAUUUUUUAUUUGAAACAAAAAGAAAAUUUUUUUUUGAUCAAUUUUUUUUUAUAUGAGGAAGAGAAAGAAGAAUUUGUUAUUAAAAUUGAGAGAAAAAAAUGUAUUGUCAAAUGUAAAGUAGGAUUUAUUUUUUAUUUAUUCUGAUAUUAUGAGAAGUGAGGACUUUGGUAAAAAAAAAUUAAACGAUUUCGUUUAACAAGUCACAUCUGAUUUUUUAAAACAUAAAUAUAACUGAAUAAUUUCAAUUGAACUUCCACUCAGUCAAAUGAUUCUUCCCAGCGUGAAAAAAGAAAUAAAAUACUCUGACAAAUCGUCAAUUUUUUCGGCAAACAAUAAAACUAACCCAUUACGUUGUUUUUUUUUAACGAAGUCCUCAAUAGAAUUCGACAGUCUCUACUGUACGAGAGCGCCGACUCUCCAAAACGAUUGUUAACAAAUAUUAUAUACAUAUCCGUACACGCGGGGAUUGUCGUAUUCAGCCUGUAAAUUAAUCGUUUUAUAUUUCCAAUCGAAACACAGGUGUUUCAAGCAAAAAAUAAAUGACCUUUUUUCCUA